CAAACUUCCACUUCCGUUCGUGUCUUGUGCUACUCUACCACAUGCGACGUUGUCUGAGGGUGACACCAAACACAGUGGUGCUGUCUUUCUGUCUGCCUGCCUGUCUGUCAAUCAAUCUCUACUUCGAUACCUACUUUUACUUAACAACUCCGUACUUUACCUUUCAAUUCAGAUCCCACCCAUCCGGUCCACGCCCGAAUCUCUUAGGGUUUACCUUUUUAAGACUGCACCACGUUCGGGAAGACAUGACUUUGAUGCAGUGACCAUUAUUAAUUGUCAAAUUUUGGCGUUCUAGCCUGGCUACGAGUAACCCAUCGACCCGCUGUGAAUUCCACCUGUGUCGAUAAACCUGAGCCUGCGUUGCCUACACCACACAAGUACGAUCAACGGCACAGAAACACAAAGAUGCAUCCUUUCGAGACUCCCGACUCCUCACCGACUCGUUUGUCGUCUCCUCGACCUUCGAUCGACCUCACGAAUCCACCUCACUCUCCCUUUCUUCACAACUUGACCCAACGUCUUCGCAAAGGUUCCAACGCGAGCUCUCACAGUGGUGGUGUGGAAGGCCCUCUGUCGGCGGCGCAACCGGCCGCCGCCGCCUCCCCAUCACCAGCAGACCCUAUAAAAAAGACAGAAAAGACCAAGGAGGUCAAGAAACUUCUCGCGGCGAUGGUGAGGGACGAUUGGGAAUACCCUAGUACGACGGUGAAAGUGAAGGAAAAGACAAACAACGACGGGAUACCGUAUCGGGAACCUCUGGGGUACAGGGUUCGAGAAGAGUGGUCGAGUGACAUUGAGGCGGAGGAGAGGAAAGCGGCGUACGCGUACGCGAGUGCGCACUCGGGUCCCAACGCGAACGCCCACGGACGUGGCAAGAGCCAAAACAACGGCCCGUACAAAUUCGAAAGUCCGGAUGCCGUGGGUGACAUGGUUCUGGAGAGGAAACGGAAACGGAGGAGACUUGUGGAGGAGGAAUUGAGCGUCAACGAAGGGUUGAGGGUUUGGACGAACAGGAGGGACGCCUGGACCGGUGCGGUCAAACAACGUCCGAAGGAUGCGGCCGCGGCGAAGAGAAGAGAGGGUGGUUUCGACAACAGACGACGACCUUCGCACACCAUUUUUCGACGGUCAAGUAGUAUGCUUUCUCACUGUCACGGUCACGGUCACGGUCACGGAAGGAACGGUUCCGUUUCUACAUCCUCCGGUUCACCUUUGAACCCUGGAUCGGGGACGACAAGGUCGAGUGCGGCCAACGGAGACGGCGGCGACGCUCUGAAUACGAAUGCAAACACAAACACAGGUACGGCGGCGGCGAUCGAAGUGUCGUCGUCGAUCGAAAGUGACAUCGUACCCGACAACGACACGACCGGCGAGACGUUGGGGUCUCUCGACUCGGUCGACGGGCCGUGGUUGCCCGUGUUCCCGCCGCUUUUGCCUUCGUCGUCGGACGGGAACCACCAAGACGUCCACCACCUGUUGCGUGACCGAAUCACCCCAAGGGCCUACUCGACCAUCUAUUCAAAGGUCGUGGUUCAAGGGUUGGCCCCCAACGUCCCGAUCCCCCUGGUCCACAUGAUACCGGCCUUGGUCGAAGGUUGGAAGUCGGAAGGGAACUGGCCACCCCAGCCCGCCGCCGUCUCCGUGGCCGACGUCAAAAAGGGACGCAGGUCGAGUGCGUUUGCCAAAUGGAGAAGGGAACAUCAACAUCAUCAUCACCACCACCAACACACGAUCGACACCCGUGCGGCCGACGGUCAAGUGGCACAACACGAGAGGGAGGACGGUAAGAGUCGAGUGAGGAGGAGUAUCAGUAUGAUGAAGAGGGUCCUCGGCGGGAGCGACAACACACGUGGCGGUGGGGAUGCCGCCGCCGCCGGUCUGGAAGAAUUGGGUAUCGAAUUUCGUGACGACGACCACGACGGCGAACGUGACAAUGAAGAGGAGAUUCGAAAAAAUGCCGCCCUCAACAAGGCUCUGCUCGGCUGAGACAAGAUACCUUUACCUAGGUACCUUGGAUCGGUAGGUAGUGUUCCGCAAAACCUAACCUGAUUACUUUUUUUUUUAAUCCUCUGUAUUCCAUAUUAAAAAAACCACCUCGUACCGCCCCGAGCCUUGCUUCUACCUGGUAAUGGCUGGGUGGAGAAUGGAUGAGAUGAGAUGAGAUGAUGUGUGUGAUGUGAUAUGAUACUCAUGCAAUAAUGAGCGUGUGGACCUCCUCUAUUUUUGGUUCAAAGUUCCAUCACAUGUGUAGCGGUUACUAGAUCUGACAAUUGGUG